UCCCAGCCGAACCGAGUCCGGGAGGGACGCACCACAGCAGCUCUCCGCCGACCCCGGCCCCGCCCCGCCCAUGGCCGCGCCGGGACCCCGCGCCUUACGGGUCGCGCUCUGUGGCGGCUGCUGCUGCCUUCUCCUGUGUGCCCAGCUCGCUGUGGCUGGUAAAGGAGCUCGAGGCUUUGGGCGGGGAGCUCUGCUCCGCAUGAACAUCUGGCCAGCUGUCCGAGGGGCCUGCAAACAGCUCAAGCUCUGUGAGCAUUGUGUGGAGGGGCACAAAGCACACAAUCUCUCUGGCUGCGUGUGGGAGCAGUGCCGGCCUGAGGAGCCAGGACACUGUGUGGCCCAAGCUGAGGUGGCCAAGGAAGGUUGCUCUGUCUAUAACCGCUCGGAGUCGUGUCCAGCUGCCCACCACUACCCCACCUAUGAACCAAAGACAGUCACGACAGGUAGCCCCCCAGUUCCCGAAGCCCACAGCCCUGGCUUUGACGGGGCCAGCUUCAUUGGGGGCGUCGUGCUGGUGCUGAGCCUGCAGGCAGCGGCCUUCUUCGUCUUACGCUUCCUCAAGGCCAAGGACAGCACCUACCAGACACUGAAGGGGAUCUGCCCUGAGGCCCCUGUGUGCCUGUGUGUGCAGUGGGGCGGGUCGCUGUGGCCUCCCUUAACGUGUGUGCUUCCAGCCACUGCCUGCCAUCAGGGGGUGGGGGUCUUCGCUCAGCCGAGGCAGCACCACCGCCCUGAGUGCCCUCUCUGUCUGGCCUCCGCAGAAUCUGACCCCCUUCAGGCCUGGAUUCUACAGGAGAAGGAGGACGAAGAGGGCGCCCUUUGGGCCCUCUUGUAGGCACUGGGGGUGGGAAAAACUUUGGCCACCCAUGUCUGGCCCCUGUGGGCUGUCAAGCAGGUUCAGUGCCUCCUGUCCCGGGCCUGGUACCUGCAGCCGAGAACAUUCUUCAGCCAUCUCCUGUCUUACCCAUUUUGUCUGCGGGCCCCCUGCCUGGCACGGGGUCUGUGCCUGCCUCUUCCCAUCUGCCUGGCCUAGCACUGCCCUCAAAUAAAAGAACUCUUUGCAGCACUGUG